CGACUGAAAAACCGAGUGUCAGCCAUGCAUGUGCGACCAGCGAACGCGAGCUGCCUCGCGCCUUCACAGUAGCAAGGUGAGCGGGACGAGACGCAACAGGAGUGUACGACGCGCACUGACGUCUUCUUCGAACGGCACGAUGUCCCUCGAACUUAGCCUUCUGUAAGUGGCUCUACAAGGAAUCAAAAGCGCCGAUGCAGCUGGGAUGACAUGCAACAAGGAAUCCACGCCAGAGAGUCGCCGCAGGCGGAGACCGGCUCGCCGAAGUCGUCUCUGGAGCGCCGCGAGCAGACGUCACUGCCCGUCGUGCUGGUGCUGUUCGCGGCUUCGACGUUCACCGACGUCAGCAAGAUGGUGUGCAGCUACUCGCUGCGCUACCAUAACCACGGUUCGUACCCGAUGAACCAGUCGCUGAUGGUUGCGGUGACCGAGGUCCUCAAAUGCGUUCUCGUGACCGUCGUGCACAGGGUCACGAGCGGGUCCCUGCACAUGCGCCCUUCGUACAAGUUCCUGCUGCCCUCGGUCGUCUACAUGCUCACGAACAACAUAUUCUUCUUCGCGCUCCACUACGUCACGCCCGCCGUCUGGCUCGUGUUCGCCCAGUGCAGGAUCUUCCUCACGCUGUUGGUCUACAAGUACCCGUUCGGAAGACACGUGACCCGAGCGCAGUGGACCGCCGGUGCCCUCAUCGCGGCUGCCGUGGUGGGCAGCCAGGCAGACGUCCUGGCCAGUCAUGCACGCUCCUCGUCAGUGGCAACGGCCAUGGCGCUGGCUCUGCUCUGCGGAACCCUCUCCACUAUGGCGGCUGUUUACACAGAGUACUACUUUAAGAACGACAGCCGCUCCAUCUGGGAGCAGCAGUCCCAGAUAUACUUCGGCACGGCCGUCAUCUCCAGCAUUGCCCCGCUGUUCUCCGCGAAGGCACUCAUCAACGCAGACCAGCUGACCGGCCGCGUGCUGCAUUUCCUGGUCGCCACCAUAGUGCUCAGCGCUGCCUACGGUCUCUGCGUGGCACUCGUCGUGACGCGGCUAGACAACGUGGUCAAGUACCACAUGUCGGCCACUUCGAGCGUGCUCAACACGUUCGCCUCGGCCGCCCUGUUCCCGGACCAGUUUCGCAUCACGCCGGCUUACGCCAUCUCGCUGUUCGUGCUCAUGGUGGCCAUCUACCUUUACGAGAAGAAGAGCUUCGCGUUGCCAGACUUCUUGGUCCGCUGGUGUGACGACAGCGCGAAGUGUGAAGGCCAGAUGCUAGUGUCGGUGACGACAGACGAGCCUGACGAAGGGGCCGUUGACGCUGACGAUGAGAAGGAGCCGCUCCUUUAGUCGGGACGAGUUCAAAAGGGCAUGCGCGAAGCGGUGCCUACGUAUUGUCUAUAGUGUUCUUGUGGGAAUGGAAAUGAUGAACAAUCCCGAUUAUUCGUGAUGUCGUUGGUCUUUUGGUGCUGAACGAUUGUUCACUGGUUGCCAUUGCUUAUACAUUCCAUCUUAUUUAAGAACAAAGCGGUACAGUUACCGGUGGUUCGAGCAAUUGUCGUAAAUGGGCACAGCCAUGAUGUAUAUAAACAAAACAAGAAACACCAACAUCGAUAGAAGUCGAGUACACUUGCAUAGAAAUGCUGCUGGUCGGACAAGGCUGGGCUUUCUUUUAACACAAUUAGUGACGCCAGAAGGGUCACUUGACGCCAUUAGGGUACCCACUCUCGAUUGGUACAUAUACGAGAAAUAUCAGUUGUGAAUUGGUGUCCUACCGUUAUUUGCCGUGCUGUCGCCCACCCGUUCUUUCUUGUCUCGCAUGACUAUCGUUCGUGAUCAAUUGAUUUCACUUCGUUUUGUGCGUUUCCGAAUGCACAAGCGGAGAUAACUUUGUGCAGCCGACAAGCGCGAAAUGCUGAUAAGUACUCAUCUUCGUGUUUGCCGAAAUAUGCAAUACCUUCAAGGUGAGAUCGUCAAGUUGGUAAGUGAGCCAGUCUGUGGUCAUAUUUUUUUACGCUUUCUAAAGCGCCCGUUUAUUGAGCUUCGCGCUGAGUCGCAUCGUUUUCCGAGUCCCGAGCACUUGAGCGCUGACCUUAGCUCCUUUUCUUACUCCUCUUUGCAGUGUCCGUCCCUUCCACAGUAGCCUAGAAAAUAGGAGGGAAA